UGGUGCCUCGCUUAUUUUCCUCUUUCAGCCUGGCAGCACAGGUGCAAGGGACGAAACAAGCAUGAAUCUGUACAAGAGCUUUGGAAACCUCAUGGAGACUUGGGUAACUGAUGACACAAGUCCUGACUCAGAGUGGUUUCAGCGCAAUGCUAAAGACCCUCCAACACCUUCCUCAGAGAUGGAAACAAACGGGCGCUCAGAAUCAGUGGACUCUGGAGUGGAGACGGCCAGCUGUGACACAUGUUUUCGUGCUACAUCGUCCUUUGCCUCAACAGAAAUAGAAGAAGAUCUCACUCCAGCAUUAACAUCGCAGUCUCCUGUGUUCUCCUCUCCCAAGCCCACCUGCUGCCCUUCUUCAUCCCCGCUUCUAUGUUCCAGCAGCACUCAGAAAGACUCUACUGCCUCGCACCUUAAAUUAGAGCAAGUGUUACAAAGGACUGAUUCUAUGUAUUCAAAGGGCAACUCAAAGCCCCUGACACCAGAAGAAAUGCUCAGUCGGCGACCUCAAGCGUCUUUUCCGAUCAAACGGCACACAUCGGAGUUAGUAAGAGGUCAAAGAUCAGACAGACUUGACGAAAGAAGGACAGUCAGUCCACCUGUUUCCAUUCAGCCAGUGUCAGAAAUGUGCAGACGGACUCAGUCUAUGAUUAGUAACAGGCGGACAUCAGAGGGCUUUGGUUGCAAUGAGAUAAAAGAACUGAGUCCUGGGUUCAUCUACCUGGAGCAGGUGUGUCAGAAGCUAGAAGAUAUUGCAAGACAGCAGAUGGAAAACCGAGCGCUACAGAUGGAGGCAGACGUCCUCGUGCAACACAAAGUCUUCCAAGUGAGCCAGACUCCUGACAUCUGUCAGACUGACUCUGUAACUGCAGAGAAGGACUUAACCACUUGUCAAAGCCUUGAAGAUACAGUAAAUGUAGAGCAUGUUAGCAGCGAACCCAAGCAGCGGAAAUACGGACAUUUUCGGCAGAGAUCAGCUUCAGAUACAACUCUUGCCAUGAUGCAUUUAAAAAAAGUGAAUGCAGGCUGGAGAGGGCAGCAUAUGAGUACACAUGACCUGCUGGAGGAGCUUGAGGAAGUCCAAGAAAAUCAGGAAUCCACAGAGAAGGAGACAAAAAAACCUAUAAUGAACUGGAGGAAAAAACUCCUGUCCUUGAGAAGAGAGGGGUCUAAUGCUUCAUAUAAAAGGAGCCAACAGAUGCAGCCAUCUGAGAAAAACUCGACCCGUCGAAGGCUGAGCCAACUGUUCAAGAGGAAAGACAAAACUGUAUAAAUGGACCACAGUGUCUGGCUUGAUGUUUUGAUGUUAGAGAUUCUGAGGAGAAAAGGCUUUUCUGCAAAACUACAAGCACUUUAACUGCUUUCAAAACUACUUCCUAUUCAUCCCUUUAUGCACCAGUGUGCUGCAUUAUAUAAAUGUAAAAAGUUUACUUGCUUUUUAAAAAUUUAUAUUGACAAAUAAAGGCAAUUUCAAUACUGUUUAUUUGACUGGGAAGUAAAUGGUUAAGUGGUUCUCUCAUUAUUUACAAUUAGCACAACAAAAAUGUCCUAUGUUACUGUUUUUAACAAUUAAAGCAGGCUAUACUGCAAAUGUCAAAUAAAGGAAUGAUGAAAAUACUUCACAGAAGUUCCAGAGUUUUGUCUUCUUGUAAUUUGACAACACAAAGUUCAUGUUGUUCAUGUCUAAGAAGAACCAUGAUUACAUAACACAGAGUUUCUGCUUAAUGUGAAAACCUACCUUAGACUGUGCAGUUUAAACAAUGUUGCUUUUUUCCUUCUUAUUAUUUAGAAUUUUUAAUCAUCAGGAGUUCAAGGGUUACACUCAGUGACCUUUUCAUAGACUCAACUUAUUCAUUUCUUAUCAGUUAAUCACAUGGCAGCAACGGACUGUAUUCAGGCACGUAGACAUGGUCAAGACAACCUGAUGAAGCUCAAACCAAGCAGCAGAAGAAUGGGAACGAAAGGUGAUUUAAGUGACUUACGUGCAUGGUGUUGUUGUUAGUGCCAGAUAGGCUGGUCUGAGUAUUUCAGAAAGUGCUGAUCUACUAGGAUUUUUCAGCACAAACAUCUCCAGAGUUUACAAAGAGUAAAGAGAAAAUAUCCAGUGGUCAGCAGUUCUCUGACCACAGGAUAUGUCAAACAAGAAUGGCCUCAUAGGAAGACAACAUAAACAACAACAUAUUAAUACCAAGGUGUGCCAAAGAGCAUCUCUGAACAUACAACAUAUGGAACCUUGAAGCAAAUUUACUACAGACCACUGGAAAAAUAUUUCCUGGUCUGAUGACUCUUGAUUUCUUCCGCAACCCUCAGAUGGUAGGGUCAGAAUUUGGUAUAAUCAACAUGAAAACAUGGAUCCAUCUUCACUUGUAUGACUGGUUCAGGCUUUUGGUGUCGGUGUAAUAGUGUUUUUUCUGUAUUGUUACAGAAAUACAAUACAACCCAUCUGAGUAUUAUUGCUGUCCAUCCCCUUAUGACCACGGUGUACCUAUCUUUUGAUGGCUGCUUCCAGCCGGAUAAUUAACCAUGUCCCAAAUCUCACACCACCUCAAGGGAUUGGCCUCCAGACUCCUGAUCUCAUUCCAGUAGAACACUUUUAGAAAUAAGAAGCUCGUGGAUGUGCAGCUGACAAAUUUUUAGCAGCUAUGUGAUGGUAUCAUGCUAAAUGGAACAAAAUCUCAGAGAAAUGUUUACACCACUUUGUUGAAUCUGUACCACAAAGAAUAAAGGGUGGUCCAAACCAGUACUAACAUGGUAUACCUAAUAAACCGUCCAGUAAGUUUUUAGGAAACUCAGAACAGACUUGAACCAACUCAUUACAGUAUGUGGAAGAUUUUAACCAACUGCCAAAUGUAUUGUUCAUCAGUUGCUGUUGGACUGUUGAACUUAAUGAAUCAGCUAUUUCAGAUUUGGAGUAAAUUGAUUUUCACUACUUAGAAACUUUAACUAUUCAAUUCAAGGGUUUCAUGGGCUAAAACUGCCUUUAAAAUUUCCUUGCUUAUCAAAAAGUUUACACUUUUUAAUCCAAUUUUGGGGUUUUC